CUUAAUUUUAUUUUGUUUUCUCUCCUUCUCCCAGUCCCCACAUCCUUUUCUUUUCUUUUUAUUUAUUCCUCUGUUCUUCUUUACCUCCUUUUCGACUGGUGGAGUAGAUACCCUUUGCAGGAAUAAUUACAUAUAUGUGUAUAAAUAUAUAAAUAUAUGCAGACCAGACCAUCAUCAACUUUUGCAAACAGUGAAGGAGAGUACUAAAAUGCAGAGCUCCUCAGAUAUGUUUUUUAACUCUGGUUUUUACCUCAGAGGUGAUGACGGUGGGAGUGGCGGCGGGCGUUUAUUUGACGUCGGAGAACUAUCCCACUCUGCUCCAUUUCACCACCAUGAAGAUGCUCUUCUCGAUUGUAGCAGAAGCUCAAUUUAUAAUGAAAUGAGACGAAGCAAUAAUGCAUCCAUUGUCUCUCCCAAUAGCAUGCACUUUGGCGAAAUCAACACUAGCAUUGGGUCAUCGGAGACGGGGGUGGUGGACGCAGGAGGGGGGUUUAUGGUGGAGAGAGGCGGUAGAAGGGCGGUGGCGAGUUGUGGUGGCGGGGCUGUGGGAUAUGGGAAUGUUGAGAACUGUGGAGACUCUGGGACGGCGGAGCACAGCCAGCAGACGGAUGACACUUCCACCGAUGUUGACACGGAGGAGAAAGUUCAGAGCGUUGGCGUCACGCAUGGUGCUAUAAUAGGAUUAGAGAAGCCCAAAGGAAAGCUGGGGGAGCAAAAGUCUCUUCGUAGACUAGCUCAGAACAGAGAAGCUGCUCGUAAAAGUAGAUUGAGGAAGAAAGCAUACGUUCAACAGCUGGAGAAUAGUAGAGUAAGGCUAACACAACUAGAGCAGGAACUUAAGCUUGCCCGCCAACACCAGGGAGCAUAUGCUGCUGCAUCUGGAUUUGUUGGAGAUAAAAGCCAUUCUUCUAUUGGAAAUGGUGCUUUGGCAUUUGACAUGGAAUAUGGUAGCUGGCUUGAUGAGCAUCAACGGCUAGUGAGCGACCUGAGAUCGGCUGUACUCUCUUUCAUGGGAGAUAAUGAAUUACGUCAUCUUGUUGACGGAGUGAUGUCACAUUACGAUGACCUGUUUAAGAUCAAGCGGAUUGGUGCGAAGGCCGACGUUUUUCACGUGCUAUCGGGAAUGUGGAAGACUCCCGCUGAAAGAUGCUUCAUGUGGUUGGGCGGCUUUCGUUGCUCCGAGAUUCUUAGGAUACUAGUGAGUCAUUUGGAGCCAUUGACAGAGCAACAAUUGGUGGGGAUAUGCAAUUUGCAGCAAUCUUCACAACAAGCUGAGGAAGCACUGUCACAAGGAAUGGAAGCUUUGCAACAACUGCUUGUGGAGACGCUCUCAUCGGCGUCUCUCGGUUCCGGGAAUGUUGGCGAUUUCAUGGACCUUAUGGGGAUUGCUAUGGGGAAGCUAGCCACCAUAGAGAACUUGCUCUAUCAGGCUGAUCUACUGAGGCAGCAAACAUUGCACCGAUUGCACCGAAUCUUGACGACACGUCAAGCAGCUCGCGCCCUUCUGGCGAUGAGCGACUACAUGUCUCGACUCCGUGCUCUCAGCUCUUUAUGGUUAGCUCGGCCUAGAAGCUAGCUGAUCAUGAAACAGCUUUAUUACUAACCACUGUCUCCUAAUGACUCAAACACCACCUUGAGAGUUGUGUAAUUACUAUUUUCAGUAAUCUAACAUAGAUUGAGAUUUUUAGUGGUUGAAUCAUUGAAUGGAAUCUGACCAAGAAACUGGCUGCUAAACAAGGAGUCGUCAAACGUUGUUGUCUCGUAUAUUUAGCUCUCACCAGAUUAUGUCAUUCAUGUUUGAUGAGAUUAAAUUAUGGUAAAAAAGUCAGAUAAUUAUCCUUCAUGUUUCUCGAUCGUUUUUCUGUGGAUGUUGCGCUAAGACUUGUCAUUUUUAAUUUGUUCAUGACUCGUAGAAAAACAAAAACUUGCCGUUUGACAAUAUUGUUUUUGGGCAUAUUAGUUUAUCAACCAAUUUUUU